AUGGAUCUGAAAUCGAUGCUCAAUGACUCCUCGUCGCAGCGACAGCCGCCCCGACUUCACACGCCUCAAUCAUCCUACGAUCAAGCAGCAGUGGCCGUCCACACUCCGGCCUACGAUCCUUUAGAACGAACAUCCUCGCAUCCACAGCCUCUGCCCUCGUCCGACUACAGGUCAUCCGCCAAUGGCUCCUAUUUCGCCAUACAGUCCCCCCACCAGCAGCACUCUGCUCCGGCGUUCACCCCAAGUGUAACAGGUCAAUCGAUGUAUGCGCAGAGUCCAGGGCCACAUGGACAGAUACACACUCCCCGUGAAGGUGUUGCGCCUCCUGUGCCAUAUCAACAGCCAGCGUUUGUGCCAUCGCCGUCUCCCUCUGCUCUCUACCCUUCUACGCCUGGCUCCGUUCACCACCAAACACCGACCUCUGCAACUGCGCAACUCAACCCGGGCCCUCACACCGCUUUCACCCAUCCCUCACCGCGAGAGGAAUUCACUCCUGCCAAUGACAAUGUGCGCCUGAAUACGCAGACACUGUCACCGCAAGCUCAAUUUCAUCCUCCCCCUGUAACACCACUCGGCCCGCCGUCCUCUUACACUCGGCCAUCUCCUCACCCAAACCGUCCCAUUUCUCAGGGCCAGGACAAUUACAGACGUUUGUCAGUGAGUUCAGUUGGCUCAACUCACAGCAGAGAAUACAAUCAAGGGGGUUACGCUCAUGCGUCCCAUUCCAGAAGCGGAAGCGUACAAAGAACGUACUCCGGUGACGUGCGGGAACGCGAAAGGAGCAUUGAAAGUGUCAGCCCCAAAACAAUCCCAAAGCCACCUCCACGGCGUGAGUCCAGUGGAACGAGAUACCAAGAGUUGUUCUCAGAAGGCCCCCAGAGUGCACAGCCUACGUUCCCGAUGUCUACCAAUUCGCAGUCUGGAGGCACACCUGACAGGUCCAUCGAGGUGCAACAUCAUGAAACCACGCCAAAGUCUGUGUCUACGCCUGCUGACUCCAGAAUCGCAGCCCAGUACCCGGGUUCAAAUCCAGGAGCCAUGAAUAAUCUGAAUACGACUCCACCAUCGACACACUCUUCUCUGCCUCCCCAGGCCAGCCCUAUGGUUGCUGGGCAGCCCGGGCUUAAGAAGCGAAGCGCGAGUCACAUAUCGAGUUUGGCUUCGACACCACAGCCGCCCCGAAAGCGACCGCGACGGGAUUUCAUUCCAUUGCACGCUCAAAGCGCAAGACAUAGGCCCCCAAAAUUCAUCAAAGCACCACCGGUGGUCGUGCCGCGAAGAGACGAUCCUGUCAUCAAGACAGAGCCGCAUGUUUCCAACGGACAAGCCCGGCUCCAAAGCGCACCUCCCGCCCAGACAACUCCACCGGUCGAAAGUGUUUGGGAACCCUCAAUCACCACCCUCACCCCAUAUGAGGAUCUUACGCGUAGAAUGUGCGAUUGGAUCUAUUCGGUGAUUGGAGAAGCUGCCCCGCCACCGGGUGGUGCAGUGUUUGAGAUUGAAGCAAAGAUUGGAUGCAUCUAUGAUGAACACGCCAACCAUCGCCUGAGUCUGCCUGUCGAUACCGAGACAUGGUUUAGCCGCGAGAGGUAUCGAGGCAAGACCAGUUUUAUGAGUUCUAUGAAUAUGAUUCAGCAUGAGCUCUUGAACAAGUUCCUCAAUAACCUCGUUGAGGAAUCUGUGCGCGAGUCGCAGACGUCGGGUCGGGCUGUUAUAGGAUACAGCCACCCACAUGAAUAUGACGAGUUCUACGAGCUGACCGAUGAUGGACGAAAGAACCUUGCUCCCUGGAUCGUUACCUGGCUCAAUCCUCGCCACAAGCCUCGUGUGAGAAGGACCAUUGACGAGAACAGUGGAAUGGUCAAGGCACAGAUCAUCAAGUCGCGGAUUGCGGAUGUGGAUGUCUACAACCCUCGCACAGACUUUGACUAUAGAGUCUCGAUUUCCAUAGAAUCUCCAUGGGAUGGGGAUCCAAAUUGGCUCACGGAGAUGGCGGACAGCGGUCGCGAUCGUCAGAAGGAUCGUAUGAGCUACAGACACAUGGCAUACCAGAUCGAUCUAACUCAGGUCAGCUACCCCAACAGGGUUGAAAAGGAGCAUGAGUUGGAAGUCGAGAUCAGCACGGAGCAGAUUCGAAUUCAGCUGGCAAACGCUCGUGAGGGUCGGCCUAGCAGAUAUGAAGAGAUGGUGAAGGGAUUUCUUGACAACGUGAGGAUAUUAUGUCGGCAAGGGUCAGUGAGACGAUGA